AUGCAGCAUCCUAAUGGGAGAAUAGUGGUUGCAUGGAACCCGUUGAGUUUUGAUGUGGAUAUUAGAGGGAGUUCGAGCCAGUGGAUGCAUUUUGCAGUUACGGCUAAAAAUGGAAUUCAGGUUGUUAUUACAGUGGUUUAUGCUUUUAAUGAUAAAGUAGGUAGGGAGAGACUUUGGGAAGAUUUGGAAAGCAUGGCUAAUAGUGUCUCUGAUCCUUGGAUAGUGAUGGGUGACUUCAAUGCAAUGUUAUCUCCAGAAGACCGAUUCCCUUAUCAUGGUAAUGGUUCAGAUUUGUUGCCUUUUCAGCACUGUGUUGAGCAUUGCAAAUUAUCAGAUAUGAAAUUUUCUGGCACGUUUUUUACUUGGAACAAUAAACAAGGGGGCAAAGAUAGGGUUUACGCUAAACUUGAUCGAGUUUUGGCCAAUGAGAGCUGGAUAGGGAAGUUUCAGAAUGCUGAGGUUAUUUUUUUUCCUGAGGGUACCAUGGACCAUAGCCCUUUUAUGGUCAACUUUGGUGCUCUUCCUGAGAAUAAAAAGCCAUUCAGAUAUUUCAACUUUUGGAGCAAUUUAGAGGGUUUUCAUAGGACAGUUGCUGAGUCUUGGAGAAAGGAUGUGCAGGGGACUCCAAUGUAUUCAUUGAUUACCAAGCUGAAAAGGCUGAGAUUUGAUUUGAAAAAGCUUAAUAGAGAAGGGAAAUGA